AUGGGGUUCUAUCUGUUUGGAUUUUCAGGGAAGAAGGGCAUUGGGUCCAGUGGAAAGCGUCUGCAUUAUAAGGGGACCCAUUUCCAUCGCGUGGUGACUGGGUUUAUGAUCCAAGGAGGGGACAUUGUUCGUGGCGAUGGCACGGGGAGCGACUCCAUCUACGGCCGAAACUUCUCUGAUGAGAACUUCAAGCUGAAACAUUCACAAGCAGGUCUCCUUUCCUCCACUCAUUACUCUCAUCGUAAAUAAACUAUAUUCAUAACCAGAGGAGCACAGCAUUCCUCUUUUAAACCACUUAGUGCCCGAACCAUUCUCUCUCUCUCUCUCUCUCUCUCUCUCUCUCUCUCUCUCUCUAUGAUCCUAUGAUUACCCCCCCCCCCCGUCUGUCCCAAGACCAUUCUCUCCUCUCUGCCGAAGGGCGUCAGCAUCCCAGCCUCUUUCUUCGCCCCUUCCAUUGCUAACAGGCCGUCUUCCCCUCCCGCAGGCAUCGUUUCGAUGGUCAAUUUCGGCCCCGAUUCCAACGGGUCGCAAUUCUUCAUCACCACGGUGAAGACGAGCUGGUAAGGGCCCUGACUUCUGAUCUCUGUGAGCUCAUCCUCCCCCCCCCCUCUUUUUUUUUGGUAAGGAUCCUCUCUCUCUCUCUCUCUGGCUAUCAGGUUGGACGGCGAGCAUGUGGUCUUUGGCAAGGUGAUCGACGGCAUGGACACGGUCUUCACCAUCGAGGCGGCGGCGGGGACCUACAGAGGGAACCCCCGGAGGAAGGCCGUCAUCACCGACUCUGGAGAGAUCCCCAGGGCCAAUUGGGAAGACCACAAUCCCUCCUGA